GGGAAAAACAGGAAAAUAAGGUUAACGUAAUGUCAACUGGAAAACAAAUUCAGUUAAUAUGCAAAUAGCUAAAUUAUCUACCCACAGCUCUUAGCCUAGCCUAUGUUAUAUGGCCAUUAUUGAAUAGACGCAGCUCUCUGGGCGGUGGUAAAGACACAGCGUCCUAAAUUGAUCGAGGUCUCAAACUGACACUAAUAUUAACUUUAAUCCCCAACUUUUAUGUUGGGGGCGGAGGUGUACACGGGGCAACCUAACUCGCUAGCUAAUUGGAAAGCACAUUCAAAGAACGAAUGUCACUUAACUGUAACGUUGGUCUAUUAGUAACGUUAUAACGUUUGCCAAAUAAGUGACUUGGUGACGCUAGCUUGAACACCGGAUUUAAAAAAAAAACACGAAGAAAACUUUGCCUCGUUACUGCGUUAUUUUCACUUUGCUAAUGUUAACGUUAAAUUAGCUGCUGUAGCUAACUAUCUGAUGAUAAAUAACGCAGCACAGCUAAAGCUAACGUAAUGGCUAACUGUGACUAGGAAACGUAUCUGCGUUGCGGAUCUGUAACGUCAACGCAACACUGUAACGUUAACUGUAAUUACUCAUAGUUGGCGUUAUCUGAAUUGAAAGGGGCGCUUAGCAUUUGCCCAACUAAUGUUAGCUAAAGCUGAAGUAGUUGACGUUAACCAGACAAAGGGAUCAACAGAGCAAAUAUCCACCAUGAGAUUGAAAACAUCGCUGCUACAGGAACCCAAACAUAAGGAACUUGUGAGUUGUGUUGGCUGGACCACAGCAGAUGAGCUGUACUCAUGCAGUGAGGACCACCAGAUCCUGAAGUGGAACCUGCUGACCAGUGAGACCAGUCUCCUUGUCAAAUUGCCAGAGGACAUUUACCCCAUAGACCUACACUGGUUACCCAAAACCGUUGGUGGCAAGAAACAGAACCAGACUGAGAUCUUUGUCCUUACCAGUACUGAUGGGAAGUUCCACCUGGCCUCCAAGAUAGGGCGUAUUGAGAAGAGUGUUGAAGCACACAAAGGAGCUGUUUUGGCUGGAAGAUGGAACUAUGAUGGGACUGCUCUUAUCACAGCUGGAGAAGAUGGGCAGAUCAAGAUCUGGUCAAAAAGUGGGAUGCUACGCUCAACACUAGCCAGCCAAGGGUCUCCUGUGUAUUCUGUGGCCUGGGGUCCAGACUCAGACAGAAUUCUCUACACAUCAGGAAGACAGCUAGUCAUCAAGCCUCUGCAACCCAGCGCCAAAGUCAUACAGUGGAAGGCUCAUGAUGGGGUUGUUCUGAAGGUGGACUGGAAUUCAGUCAAUGACCUCAUACUGUCCGGUGGAGAAGACUGUAAAUAUAAGGUAUGGGACAGCUUUGGCCGUCUGCUUUACUCCUCGUCGUCUCAUGACUACCCGAUCACCUCUUUAUCCUGGACACCAGAUGGAGAGGUGUUUUCUGUGGGCUCCUUCAACACCCUGCGGCUCUGUGACAAGACUGGAUGGUCCUAUGCAUUGGAGAAGCCCAACACAGGCAGUGUGUUCAGCUUGGCCUGGUCUGCAGACGGCACCCAGCUGGCUGGGGCCGGCGGCAAUGGGCAUGUCAUCUUUGCCCAUGUGGUGGAGCAGCAUUGGGAGUGGAAGAACUUUGUGAUCACCCUUACCAAGAGGAGAACCAUGCAGGUGAGGAAUGUGAUGAACGAUGCAGUGGACAUAUUGGAGUUUAGAGAUCGAGUCAUCAAAGCCUCUCUGGCAUACAGUCACCUAGUGGUCACCACUUCCCUCCAGUGCUAUGUCUACAACUCAAGAAACUGGAAUACUCCCCUCAUCUUUGACCUGAAGGAGGGAACAGUGAGCCUCAUCCUGCAAGCGGAGAAACAUUUUCUGCUAGUGGAUGGAGCAGGGUUGUAUACGUUCUCCUAUGAGGGUCGAUUGAUAUCCUCCCCUAAGUUCCCUGGUAUGAGAGCUGAUAUCCUAAAUGCCCAGGGUGUCUCGCUUAGUAACGACACCAUUGCCAUCCGAGACAAGAGUGAUGAAAAAGUCAUCCUUCUCUUUGACGCACUGACUGGGAAAGCCCUUGGCGAUGGGAAGCCAUUGACUCACAAGCUGGAGGUGGUGGAGGUAGCUCUGGACCAGUGUGGCCCAUCCACUGAAAGGAAGAUUGCCCUGGUAGACAAGAACCGUGACCUUUACUUGACCUCUGUGCGUCAUCUUGGGCGAGAACCCAAAAUCUGCAAAAUUGGUAGCAUGGUUCACAGUAUGGCAUGGAAUGAUGCUGCUAACAUCCUGUGUGGAGUCCAAGACAACCAGUUAACAGUGUGGUACUACCCGAGUGCUGUCUUCACUGACAAGGAAUUGCUGCCAAAAACGCUGUGCAUAAAGGAUGGCAGCGAGUUCAGCCGUGCACCCCACAUUCUGAGCUAUGUUGGCACCAAGGUGACGUUACGCCAAGGAGACGGUUCACUCGUGUACAGCAGUGUACCUCCCUACCCAGCCCUCCUGCACGAAUACAGCACCUCUGCACGCUGGGAGGAUGCACUGCGCCUCUGCCGCUUUGCCAAGGACCAAUCUUUGUGGGCAUGUCUUGCUGGUAUGGCAAUGGCAAACAGGGAGCUGACCACAGCGGAAAUGGCCUAUGCUGCCAUUGGAGAGUUACCUAGGGUGCAGUACAUCAACUUUAUAAAGGAGCAGCCAUCUAAGGAGUCGUCUUUGGCCCACAUGCUGAUGUUCAGUGGUCAGGUCCAGGAGGCUGAGGCCACUCUGUUACAAGCUGGUCUCAUCUACCAGGCCAUACGAGUCAACAUUGACCUGUUCAGCUGGGAGAGGGCACUGGAACUGGCAGUCAAACACAAGACCCAUGUAGACACUGUGCUGGCCUAUAGGCAGAGGUUCCUGCAGUCAUUUGGCAGGAAGGAAACCAAUAAGAGAUUCCUGCAGUACGCUGAAGGGGUUGAGGUGGACUGGGAGAAAAUCCAGGCGAAGAUAGAGAUGGAGUUGUCUAAAGAGAGAGAGAAAGCUGCUAAUGCCUCUGUGAGGAGCAGCGUGGCCUCACGACGUUAAUGUUCAGGAGACCUUUCUCUAAAACAUCAGCUUUGCAGAAAUUGAUUCCCAUGUGUUUUUGACUUUUGGUGAAUAUUAGGUGGUUUGGCUCAGCCUCAGUAAUAAAAAUAGUUCUGUACUUGAGGUCCAGUGCCCAUAGUUCUGUACUUGAGGUCCCAAGUACAUUCAAGUUAAAACAAAAGGAACCAUUUGGAGAUGUGAAGAUUUCUGUAUUUCUCAGCAGCAACACCAAUAUGGCCUUCCUGUCAUAUCAGCUUCUCAGUGACUUCAGUGUGGCAGGUUCAAAGUUGAUUAUCUUUUUCCAUUUGUCUAAUUUAGCUUGGUAUGCACAAAUGUAUUGCUUUGUUUUUUGUCAGUGAUGUUUGACUUUGUGUUUUUAUAUGUAUAGAUAUUUUUACAUUUUAUGUAUUCAAAACUUUGCCUUCUGUAAACACUAAAAAGAAUGUCAGUUAAUAAAAUAGAUGGAAAUGCUGUA